AUGGUGGUCGCGGUCGCAGCGGAUGCAAUCUGGGAGAUGGCCACUGCUCGAGCUGUUCGUACGAAGGCCGUUGCUGGAGCACUAGGUGCCGAUGUACUGUUGCAGCUGGUCGAGCAAGAGGUGCCUGUUGUUGUCCUUGAUGUUGGUGAAAUGCUGGUAGAUGCUGCGGAAUUGCUGGCAAUGCUGGACCUGCUGGGCCUCGUGCUGUUUGUAAAGAAUGGGGGGCCGAUGCUGGCUGUGCUUCUGCUAAACGUCCGAGUUGACAAGUCUGAACUGCUGGCAAAUGUUGCAGCUGAGCUCAUGCUUGUCGAUGAGCUGGAAAUAGCUGAGAUGCUCGUGCUUCGCGUCCCAGCUGUCGGGGUGCUGGUGCUGGAACUGGUGCCCCUACUGGCCCUGCUGCUGGACGCAGACGUGCUCGUGCCACUGAUGGAGCUGGACGCGCCAAACAUGCUUGUGCCGGAUGCUCCGCUUGAUGUGCUUGCCGUGGAUGUGCUGAUGAUGGUGGUGGAGCUGGAGGCGCUUGAAAUGCUCGUGCUAAAUGUCAAUGCUGUUGAGAUGCUCAGCGAGGAUGUGAAGAAGCUGGUGGUGACACUACUGGAUCUUCUGGUCGAGCUAGACGUGCUGCUGGAACUGGAUGUGCUGCUGCUCCGAGUCUCAGGGCUUGAGAUACUGCUGAUGGAGGUUGUGGAGCUGAAAUCGCUGCUGCUGGAGCUACUACUUUUGCGUGAGUUGCUGCUGGAGCUGGAACUGUGGCUCGAGCUGCUGGAUGUUCUAGAUGUGGUGCUGGUGCUGCUGGACAAUGUUGUGGAAGUGCUUCGUGUGGUUGAGAUGCUGCUUGAAGUGGAGGUGGAACUUGCGGUGGACGUCGUGGACGCUGUUGUGACCCAGAACUUCCAGAGGACCAGCGUGCUCUGCAACCAGGAUCCAAAUGUUGCUGCCGGACUCGUAUCUCCAGAGUUCCCGCUUCAGAAAGCCGUCGUUGCCACCGUGCAGCCAAAGCCUGCGGCUGGAAGCAUCCAGAGUCCACAGAUCUCCGAGCAAGGAGUCACCGUAGCCUCCGUGCAUCCAGAGCGCCUGGCCGGUCCCAUCCCACACUGCAACAUGAUGCGAGCGUGCCGAUGGCACCGCGCCGAAAGUGCCGGGAGCCAGCUCCUGCCAUCCGUGAGCCAGGUGAUUGAUCCCAGCCAGCUGCGUGUGCAGCACGAGCUGCCGGUUGCUUCCUCCAUGGAUCAGCAGCACCUGAUUAGCUUCGUCCCAGGCUGCAACGUGCUCGGACCGUGCCGCGGGGCGGACAAGGCUGACUGGAUGCUGUCUGCAUUGCUCCAACCUCGCUUGGUUGAGCCGCUGGCGCACGCUGGCAAGGUCGAGCGGCAGGAGGAAGGGCAAAGGCAAUGGUGGGAGCGCGUCACUUUCCUGAAAGAAGGUGUGGAUGUCGUGUGCGUCGCUGAAAUUGUGCUGGACGAUCGAGUGCUGGAUGUGCUGGAUGUCAGAGUUUCGCUGCUCGAGCUUUUGCUUGUUGAAGUGGAGGUGCUUGAGAGGCUCGUGCUAAACGUGCUCGUAGUCGAGGUGCUGCUUGCGGACGUCGACGAGCUGCUGCUGACGCUGCUCGAACUGCUGCUCGUGCUUGAAGCGCUGCUGGAAGUGGAAGUGCGGCUAGAACUGCUGCUGGACCUGGAUGUGGUUGUCGUGGAUGUGGUUGUUGUGCUGGUAGUACUGGAUGUGCUUGACAUACUAGUGCUAGAGGUUCUGGUUGCUGAAGUGCUGGUGGUGAAUGUCGACGAGCUGCUGCUCAGGCUGCUUGAACUGCUGCUCGUGCUUGAGGUGCUGCUGGAAGUGGAAGUGUGGCUGGAACUGCUGCUGGACCUGGAUGUGGUUGUCGUGGAUGUGCUUGUCGUGCUGGUGGAACUCGAUGUGCUUGAUGUACUUGUGCUAUACGUUACUGUUGAGGAAGUGGUGCUGGAGGACGUGCUGGUGAUGGAUGUCGAUGAGCUGCUGCUGAUUGUGCUUGAACUGCUGUAUGUUUGCGUGGUAGUGCUGGAACUAGAAGUGUGGCUGGUACUGCUGCUGGACCAAGAAGUGGUUGUCAUCGACGUGCUUGCCGUUUCGGUGGAGCUGGACGUGCUUGACAUACUCGUGCUUGAUGUUCUUGUCGUCGAGCUACUGCUGGUAGACGUCGAUGAGCUGCUGCUGACGCUGCUUGAACUGCUGCUGGUGCUUGAGGUGCUGCUGGAAGUGGAAGUGUGGCUAGAACUGCUGCUGGACCUGGAUGUGGAUGUCGUGGAUGUGGUUGUUGUGCUAGUGGGGCUGGAUGUGCUUGACAUACUCGUGGUAGACGUUGUGGUUGCUGAAGUGCUGGUGGUGGAUGUCGACGAGCUGCUGCUCAGGCUGCUUGAACUGCUGCUCGUGCUUGAGGUGCUGCGGGAAGUGGAAGUGUGGCUGGUACUGCUGCUGGACUUGGAUGUGGUUGUCGUGGAUGUGCUUGUCGUGCCGGUGGAACUGGACGUGCUUGAUGUACUUGUGCUAGACGUCGUGGUGACCCAAAACGACCAGAGGUCACCACAAAGGCUUCCAUUGUAUCCUCCAUGGAUGUAA